UACGGUUUUCUUGAUACAUUUUCAAGUUUUCAUCUCCAUGUUUUGAUUUUGAAGAAUAAGGAGCAUGUAAUUGACUAGCACAAAUAUGGUUUUGUUAUAACUGAGCUGUAUAUGGUUUUGGGUCUUGUGGGUUUAAAAAAGGCAUGGAGGAUAUUCAGUUGACGAUCAACUGGGACGAUGUAGUCUGUCCUAUAUGUUUGGAUUUUCCUCAUAAUAGUGUUCUUCUUCAGUGUUCAUCUUAUGAUAACGGAUGUCGUGCUUUUGUUUGUGACACAAAUCAAUUGCACUCUAAUUGUUUGGAUCGCUUCAAAAAUUCAAGUGGUGUGCCAGCCUCUCUGGUGUCUUCUACUGCUUCUGCUGAAAAUACUGAAAAUAUCAAUGCUAAGCAAUCCAAUGAUGAAUGCAAUCUGACUUGCCCCUUGUGUAGAGGUGAGGUUUCUGGGUGGAUUGUUGUCGAUAAAGCUCGUGGUCAUCUUGAUGAGAAGAAGCGCUGUUGUGAUGAGGUGCAAUGUACAUUCAUGGGAAGUUACUUGGAGCUGCAAAAACAUGCUCAGCUUGAACAUCCUCAUGCACGCCCAUCAAAAGUUGAUCCUGCACGCCAACUUGAUUGGGAGAAUUUUCAACAAUCAUCAGAGAUCAUAGAUGUUCUGAGUACUAUUCAUUCAGAAAUUCCCAGAGGGGUGGUUCUUGGAGAUUAUGUGAUCGAGUACGGGGAUGACGAUGCUAGAGAUGAGUUUGAGGACUUUCCUGGAGAUGAGGGCAACUGGUGGACCUCGUGUAUUCUGUACUUUGAUAACUUCAGAAGAUCGAGAAAUAGAAGAAGGGCAAGAGUCAGUCACACAAGAAGGAGUAAUCGCCGUUUAAGUUAUGAUACUUCAAAUUCUGAUGAAGGUUCUGUCGCAUCUGUGGAGUAUGCAGAUUAUAGGAUAGAAGAGACUGAUGAUGAUUUUGUUAGUACAAGUGGCUCUUCAAGGAGUAAUGCUGGUUAUCGCAGAUCCCAUAGACGUCGGUCCCGCUUUUAUGACAAUUAGAUUUCCUUGUCUUGAAAGUGCACAACAAUGGUGCUGAGGGAUUUUGUUCUACUUAUUACCUCUAAAUAUGUGUUUGGAAUUUUCUCAAUGUUUGCAGACAGUGUGUGAAAGCAAAACUUCAGGGGACAUGAAUCAGAUUGUGAUUUGUCAUGCAAAGAAUACAUUUAGCUCCUCUGUUGUUGCUUUUAGCUUGAGAUAUGGUGAUUAGAGGACUCUGUAAAUUUGACACUUGCAUGUGGUCACAUACUCAGUUUCAUUUCUUUUAUACAUUUGCCUAUUAAUUUCCUCAUAGGCAGCCACAGUGAUUUAGCUAGCAUUCUGCUGCAUAACUAUGGAAUAAUGAAUUUUUUUUAUCUUAUUUUGGCUGUACAUAUAGGAUAUAGUAAAUUGAUUGUGAUAUGAAGAAUAACACAGAUGCUAGCUUCUAUGUCACUGAAAAAGUAUUGUAUGUUAGUUCCCAUUUACUAAUUGCCCAUGUCACUUCAAAUGUCAGCAAUUACAUUUGUAAUUAUGCAUAAUCGUUGUAUGGGAAGUUUCUGUUUGGAUUCAAUUUGGUUCUACUUGAACUUUAUGCAAAAUAUCUUGCAAAACCAA